CCCUCGAUCCGUCGGCGAGCUGGGCCUGCGCGGGUCCAGCUCGGAGAGCAGGGGGUCCCGGCCGAGUGUGCGCCCCUUUGUGCGAUCCUGGUACAGUAAACGCAGACACACGGAUAUUCUUCAAAAGCUGCAGCGUCUCCCAUUAGCGUGGUCUCAGUAUCGGUUUCUAGAAAAGGCAUCCAAAUCGAGGACUCCGACCUUACAGAGGACACUGAGCUUAAAGAUCCGUAUCUCACUUCCAGAAGUAUCAUGGCUGAACCAGACUACAUCGAUGAUGAUAAUCCCGAACUAAUUAAACCUCAGAAACUAAUUAAUCCUGUUAAAACCUCUCGGAACCAUCAAGACCUUCAUCGGGAACUUCUGAUGAAUCAAAAGAGGGGUCUCGCACCUCAGAAUAAGCCGGAACUGCAGAAGGUGAUGGAGAAGAGAAAACGAGACCAGGUGAUAAAGCAGCAGAAGGAAGAGGAGGCCCAGAAGAAGAAAUCUGACUUAGAGAUAGAACUGAUGAAAAGACAGCAGAAGCUGGAGCAGCUUGAGCUCGAGAAGCAGAAGAUCCAGGAGGAGCAGGAGAACGCCCCAGAGUUUGUGAAGGUCAAGGGCAACCUGAGGAGAACAGGUCAAGAAGCAGCCGAGACCCAGGAUUCCUAGGGGCUGCCUCUCCAGAGACUCCAGGAUCCCGGCCCUCUGCUGCCGGGCGCAGCUUCUGUAUCACCCAUCCCCACAGGUCUCCACAAGGCCUAAGGGGCUGGGGGCCAGGGGUGGGGCGGUGGGAGGACCGAUGCCUGGAAGUGAUACCAGGGGGCUGAAGGUUUCCUAAAUAAGGAAUUUUGUUUCUGGAAUCUGGGUGGACACCGCACGGUCUCGCCAAAUGAAGAAUGCCUGUCAUGGUUGGGGGGAGAUGGACCUCUCUCUGGAGACUUUUAUAAAACAAGCCAGAAGGAAUGAGGACACUGGAGCGUCUACGUGAAUGUUGUGCUUUUUGGUGGCUCACACUUGUGGAGACAGCAAGGCUUUUUUUUUUUUUUGAAAGAAAUCGCUCUGUCUGGUCCUCUUUUAAGGAAUUUGCUUGCCCAGAAAUGUGCUUUAUCUGUUACUCUGUCUAGGUGUUUAUUCAGGUUUGAAAAAUCUGGAAUUUUUUGGUUAAUUUCACUUUGGGAGUCCCCUUGCUGAAUUUUUUUUUUUUUUGGGUGGGGAGCCACAUGGGCCCCUUGGGGAUUAGCAUUAGAAGUUCAGUCAGAGCACAGUGGGAAGUUGGAAAAGCCUGCGCCUUGUCUGGGGAAACUUGAGACAGUUAAAGGUUUGGGUUUUCUCCUUCCUUCCUGUUCUCUGAACAGCAGUGUCAUCAUGGCCUUAUUUUCUUUUUCCAUGCCACAGUCCCCGCUGGUGUUAAUGAAUAGAUGGACCCUCAUGGUAUUUGGGCUUAUCCCUCGGUCUCACUGGUCUGACUGGAGCUUGUGCCCCCCACCCACUUUUGGGGGCCUUAGAACUCCUCGGGUGGAAUUCCCUAAACAGACUGGUCAGUUAACACUUGGUGAAGAGGUGCCCUUUGAGCUAGCUGGGCUGGAAAGGUGGCUUGGUCUCCAGGACCCCGCGCUGGGAGACGAGACUUGUUGCAAUUGUACAUUUUGAAUGUUUGAUAGAACUAAACUUUUAAAACUUCUGAUGAAUGACCACAUCUUUCUUUUGGUCCUUUUUCUUAUGAAGGAAGUAUAGUACCACUAUCUCAGUGAUGACUACUGCCACCGCUCAGAUCUUCACGGUGGGAAUUCUAAAUGUUUCAAGAUGGCACAAACCACUCAUGGCAAACCACCGGGCACAGGAUAAGCGGGAAAGACAUUCUAGGUACUUGGGUAGUGGGAGGAAAUAGUAUUGCCAGUUCAACAUUGGUUUUGGAACAAAACAAGUCCAACAAAAGGGCCCAAAAGGCAGGGUUUCCUCCUUUGCUCCUUGCUCUUUGGGCCCUUUGCUCCUUACAUAAGAUUUGGUCCUGCAGCCACUGUGGUUCAGACCUCAUCCUAAAUGGCCACAAGGAGUCCAUGAGAGAGCCUGAUGGAAAUGAGUGAAAUUCCAAUAUAGUAGUUGCUUGGCAUUUGGAAAUUUUAUGCAUAGUUUUGCCUAUUCACAUUUGGCUAUUUCCGUGUUCACCGGCGUGGCCGCAGUGGUGGUUGGCACCAGCCCCGCCUCCACUCCUUGACCCCAACCUCCACAUGACCUUCUGUUUCUUUGGUCACCCACAACCGCAGCCUCCCCUUUGCGGUGAGUGGAUACCUCCCCCGUCCCUCCCCUGACCCCAUAUGUACCCAGUCAUUCCUCAAGAAAGCCCAGAUGACUGUGAAUCAUGGAAUAAACUUUCUAGUGCUUUAAAUGCAUCUGCCUUUGGAUUCAGGUGGCAUUUGCUGUUCCACCUCAUUGGCAGAUGGAUUUUUCUGCCCAGUCCCCUGAAAACACUGAGAGACUACUGACCCACUGAAUUAGAGUGGUGUUUAGAAGUUAUCCUUGAAGCAGAUUACUAAACUCUUUGCCUAAUGCUAUUGUUACAGAGUUCCAGGAAGUUGUUUAUGCAGAAAUGUAGCUUUCUGCUGUGAGCAUUUGGACUCGCAUUAAAAGGGAAUCAAAAUGGUUGAGAUGGUUCCUUUCCCUACUGCCUGAGGACUAGGUGAUGAGACAACAAAAUUGAAUUCUAAAAUUGAGAACCAACUGAACUUUCCUUUCAUUCCUUCUCGGUGGGUGUUACUGUGAUUGACUCUCCUGAGGAGAAAAGGACAGAGAGCAGAGUGCUUUUCUUCUCUCUAGACUGUAGGGCUCUCCUUUCUCGCCUUCUCUGAGCCUCCUUUUAGCAAAUCUCUUGAGCUCUUUGGGCCACUGAACUAAUUUUGCAGAAAGUACUAGCCCUUCCAAGGAUCUGAGCUGCCGAGUUGAAUUGGAGGCCCUUUUGCCUCAUUGACUCAGGGCCAGGAAACAACCCUGUAAAUACUGUGUGAACUAUUCAUAAGCAUUUGGGUGGCUAAACAGCAAUGGGGACGCAGAGGUAGGGAUCAUUGGAGUUUAAGGGGCUCCAUCUACCAGUCCUUGAGUUAAACUGGGAGGCCUGCACUCCUGGAUUCGGAGUCCCUCAGUUGGGCCAUAAUUUGUGUCUUCACUUCACGUUUUGACUAAAAAACCGCUGAAGAAUUAGGGAACAUAUGUCCGACGACAGGCCAGCUCAACAUUGUCGGAAGAAGCAUCUGAGCACUGAAAGAGUGAGUCUGACAGCCUGCGCUUUCUUUAAUGAGGGUUUUUGCUAGAACACGAUCCCUGAUUCUGGGAGAAUCAGGCAUUUGACUCGAACUUUGAGAAAUCUCCCAAGCAGUUUUAUUAUGGAGCCACUUUUUGAUCAAAGCAGCUCCAUUUUUACCACUUUUCUGUCCUCUUAAGAUCAGAGUUUUAUAGGUUCUCACUAUGGUAGUAGGUAGCAAAUUAGCGUUGCUUUUCAGUGACGACAGCCAGCUUUAUUCUUAUAUUCAAAAAUCCAGUCUCAUUUGAGUGUAUAUAAUAUAUAUAAUGGGAGCCUUAAUGAGUUUGUUUUCAUAAUUUAAUAUUUUUUGUAUUUGCUCUUGUAUAAUUGUUUUAAACUAAAAAGUAUUACAGAAAUGAGGGUGGAACCAAAGUUAUGCUUAAUAAAAAAUCUACUACUGCUUGGAUUACG